CUCAGUGGCCGCGGCUGCAGACGGGUCCCGCGCAGCCCGGUUCAGCCGCGCCGCUCCCAGGUGGGACCGAGAGCCGCCGGAGCGGCCGGGUGCGCACGGAGAGGGGCGGACGACUGGGCGCGGCCCCUCUGGCUCCCGCUCCGGCAGAGGGACUCGGGGGACCUCGCCCCAGGGCCGGGAGCGCGCACCCAGGCGGGCCGGGGACCGAGCUAGCGGCGGCUUGGAGGCGCUGUCCCCGCCGCGGUCUGGAGCGCGCGGAGCCCAGCGGCCCAGGAGCCGCGCGUCCGCUCUCCGGGACUGAGCGAGGGAUGCGCGAUCGCUGAGCUGGGACGCGCGCUGAGAGGCUGCUCCGGCCCGGGGCUGAGACGCACUCCUUCGCCACCAGCCACCGAGAUCCCCGUUCCGGCAACUCUCGGGGACCUGGGGCGCCGAACGCGGCCCCGGGCUGAGGACUCGGGCGAGUCUAAGACGAUGGUUUCUUAAGCACGGCAUCACGUCCCCCUUCCCGCCCCCUCGACCGACCGGAGGCUGGGAUCCCGCGCGCGGCUCCGGGGUCUCCUUCUCCCGGAGGAGCUCCGGCUGCUGCCGCCCGGGCAGCUUGCACGGCCGCAGGGGCGCAGGGCGAUGUGGCCUCGGUCCAGCGCGCAGGAGCCCCUGGAGUAUGUCCCGGCACCUGGCGGAGUCCCGGCCUAGCAUGGCCCGCGCGCUGCCCGACGUCGCCUCCGGCUAGGAUGGCCCCUCCGGGCCCGGCCGGCGCCCACCCCACCUCUGCCGAGCCGCUGUCCCGCAGCGUCUUCCGCAAGUUCUUGCUGAUGCUCUGCUCUCUGCUCACGUCCCUCUACGUCUUCUACUGCCUGGCUGAGCGCUGCCAGACCUUAUCGGGCCCUGUCGUGGGGCGGUCGGGCGGCGGCGAGGAGGCGGGGACCCCGGGCCGCGGCGUCUCGGCCGGAGGCCCGGGGGAGCUGGCCGCGUGGCCCGUGGCCGCGCGAAGGAAGCGCCUCCUGCAAGUGCGGCCGCGACCGAGGCGCCGGCCGCCCGCCCCGAGAGACGACGGCGAGGAGGCGGCCGGGGAAGAGGAGUCCCCCGGGCUGGCGGGGAGUCUCGGCGGCUCCGGGGCCGGGAGCAGCGUGGCCGAGACCCCGCCGGGGACCUUGGCCCUGCUACUGGACGAGGGGAGCAAGCAGCUGCCGCAGGCCAUCAUCAUCGGCGUGAAGAAGGGCGGAACGCGGGCGCUGCUGGAGUUCCUGCGCGUGCACCCCGACGUGCGCGCCGUCGGCGCAGAGCCCCACUUUUUCGACCGCAGCUACGACAAGGGCCUCGCCUGGUACCGGGACCUGAUGCCGAGGACCCUGGAUGGCCAGAUCACCAUGGAGAAGACGCCCAGCUACUUCGUGACGCGCGAGGCGCCCGCGCGCAUCUCGGCCAUGUCCAAGGACACCAAGCUCCUGGUGGUGGUGCGGGACCCGGUGACCCGGGCCGUGUCGGACUACACGCAGACGCUCUCCAAGCGGCCCGACAUCCCCAGCUUCGAGAGCCUGGCCUUCCGGAACCGCUCGGCGGGCCUGGUGGACCGCUCGUGGAGCGCCAUCCAGAUCGGCCUGUACGCGGAGCACCUGGAGCGCUGGCUGCGCCACUUCCCCGCCCGCCAGAUGCUCUUCGUGAGCGGCGAGCGCCUGGUGCGCGACCCGGCCGGCGAGCUGGGCCGCGUGCAGGACUUCCUGGGCCUCAAGCGCAUCAUCUCGGACAAGCACUUCUACUUCAACCAGACCAAGGGCUUCCCCUGCCUCAAGAAGGCGGAGGGCAGCGGCCGCCCCCACUGCCUGGGCAAGACCAAGGGCAGACCCCACCCCGAGAUCGACGCGCAGGUGCUGCGGCAGCUGCGGGAUUUCUACCGGCCCUUCAACCGCAAGUUCUACCAGAUGACGGGCCACGACUUCGGCUGGGACGGAUGAACUUCUAAUUUAAAAAGAAAAAAGAAAAUAUCAGAAGAUAAUAUAUUUUUUUACCAAUCGGUAGAGAAGAAGCAGUUUAAUAUUUGCGCUGCCGAUAUUUGUUUCAGUAUUUUUUUUUCCCCAUGAAUGUUAAAGAGAUUGUUCUCCUCUCCACCCUCACUGGCAUGAACUACCAACCGCAGUGGUUUCCAUAAAAAAAGGAAACCUGCAGGAAUCUCCAUUUUCCAUCUUUAUUUUAUGUUUUACGUGCACAGUUAUGAAGUAUGAGUGUCAGUUGCCAUUAAAACUUAAAAGAAA